UGUAAUUUUUCUUUUUCAAUUUUUCCAUAAAAUAUUGGCAACUUAAAAUUUUCAUUUCAAAAUUACUCCGUAACAAACCCAUCAAAACAAGAAAUGUCCAAAAAGAGUAAGAAACGCCAAAAAGAAAUCGAUUGGUCUGCAGAUGGAAAUUUCACGAAAACCCGUUCCAUAAUAUACAUUGAACACUCCUUGGAAUGUCCAAUAUUUACGAUGAAAGCUGAGGAAUUUUUGAAAUUUCUUCAAUUCGAAUUGCCAGAACGUCAAUUUGCUUUGAUACGUAACGGCUACGGUAAGCUGCAGCCACGUUUGGGAGCAUUUGAAAUUGAAUUUUCACAAAAUGCUCGAACAUCGCGUCAUUGUUUGUGGUCCGGCCUGGAUAAGGGGCCACCGCGUAGAGAUAAAUUUCCAAAUUUUGUUAACCUUUUGCCAGGCGUACAGAAAGUUUUGAAGAAAUUCUAUCCAGAUCCAAGUACAAUGGGCCCCGGAGAUGAUGAAGCCGAUGAUUAAUUACACUCCCAUCCAGUUUGUCGUUGAAGAAAAUGACAUUUCCCUUGUUUUGAAUAUAAUUUUCAUAGCUGUGGACAUAUCCUUUCAGAUUAGAGGCCAUUUUGCCUUUUUAAUAUUCGUUGUUUCAUGACAAAUAUUUCCCGCCAAGAUAAAGAGUUUUAGCAUCAUAUAAGAAGUCUAGCUCGGCUUUGAAAUUCAUUGCACUUAACCCGUAGCAAAAAAUUUUAGAGAAAUAUUAUUAAAUAAAAAUUAUUUCCACUUCAAUGUUUAAUGAAAAAGAGCAAA